AUGACAACUGCAUCCAAAACAUCUACCUGCGAAUUAGUCAACACCUAUUAUCAAACAUGUAACCACGUUACAACAUCUCUUCACCACGCCACUCGCAUCAUCCCAUCUAAAUCCUCCGAUGCGAGCUCUCCCAUUCCAUCUAAUCAAACCAUAACGACUUGUCCGCAGGCAAUUCAUAAUCUAUCACUUCUUCCACCACUAGAUCCCCAACAAAAAUCUCAAACCACACUUUGCGCAUCGAUACUCAAACGCACAGUCAUAAAUGCAGGGUAUGGAUGUCCAGAGUGUGAGCCAGAGUAUCAUCAGGCCACCGAUUAUAUCACGACGAAAAGAAACAAACGGGAUAAGAAAGCAGUGAGUGAUGAGGACAGAAGGAAGAAAAGAAUGGAAUGGUGUAUGCUUGCUAUCACAGAAUGGGAGGCUAGAAAAGAAGCGGCGGGGGAGGAGGCCCUUGAAUGA